AUGCGGAAGCGUUUUGUCUUGGUAUUGAUCAUUAUCUUUUCAAGCUGCGCAGCCCCCGUCGAGGCGACAUCAGCGGAUCAUUCCAUCACUAGCGACCUCAACGAAGGCACAGGGAAACGAUUUCUCCGACUGGAAAGCGCAUUAGCGGCUUCGAACAGUGUCCCCAUCGAAUUUUUGGCUGACACUUCAUCGAUGGCCAGUGGUGGUUUGUCCACAUCCGCUGAAGGUGAGGAGCGAGCAGUCAAGAUCCCCAGCGCUCUGACAGGUUUGAUCAAGAACAAGGACCUCGCCGGCGUAGUGAAGAGUCUAACGCAGAGCAACAAGAACAAGGUGACCCCAGCCAAGCUACGCGUGAAAAUGCUGGAAAAACUUCCCCUUGAUCUCCAGGCAAAGCUCGUUUUCGCCAAAAUGCCGAAGAAGGCGCAGGUAAACCUCGCGUCGAAGGUGGCGACCCACCAGAAGCGAUACCCGAUCAAGGUCCCCGUCGUGUCUACAUGUAGUGUCAGCACUCGGGUGGAACUGUACUAUUUGCUCUUCUACAAUGUCCCCCCGACGGAAGUUUUCAAGAAGCUGGGGCUGCGAGGUCACUUCGGGUUGAACCUACAUAAGCACCCCUACUACAAGGACUACAAGUGGUACACGCUCAAGUGGAUCGACCAGCAAAUAAUUUAA